AACUCAAUUUAAUGACCGAACGAAUGCAGAAAAAAUUGGGAUUAACGUACAAGUGCGCAAAUAUGGAGCUGUUGGGAAUAGGUGAAGUAAAAACAAAUGCGAAAAAACGAACAGUUAUUACGGUAAAAUCACCAGUAUCCAGCUUUAAGGAAAAUUUGGAAGUAUUUUUGUUAAAAACGGUUGCAACUGAGCAGCCAGAAAAAAGAAUUGAUAUAACUAAUUGGAACAUCCCUAAGGACAUUCAAUUAGCGGACAAGCAAUUCAACGUACCAUCAAAAGUCGAUCUGAUCUUAGGAGGAGAAAUAUUCUUCAAAUUGUUAAAAUGUGGCGAAAGAUCAAUCGGUAAUGGAUUACCAACUUUACAAGAAAGUGUAUUCGGAUGGAUAGUUACAGGAAAAGUGCUAGGACUGACACCAUCUCAGGCAUAUGUUGGCAUUGCUACCGAAAGUGCAUUGGAAACCCAAUUGGCGAAAUUUUGGGCAAUCGAAGAAAAAGCUCAAAGCGAGAAACCAUUAACACAACUGGAGCAAUCUUGUGAGAAGUUUUUCCAAAAUACUACAGAAAGAGACGAAAAAACAGGAAAGUUCAUUGUCCAUCUGCAAUUUACAAAACAUCCAUCCAUUUUGGGAAAUUCGGAAAAAAUGGCAAUUCGCCGUUUCCAGCAUUUGGAGAGGAAAUUUAAAAACGAUCCAGAUAUGAAAAACGAAUACGUGCAGUUCCUAAGAGAAUAUGAGAAACUUGGGCACAUGACAGAAAUUGGAAAGAACUUAGUUAAUCCAAAAAACUAUUUCAUUCCACAUCAUGCAGUACGAAAUCCAGGCAGCAGCACUACCAAAUUUCGUGUAGUAUUUGAUGGAUCUGCAAAAUCAACUAGCAACAUAUCGAUAAAUGAAAUAUUAGCCAACGGGCCAAUUUUGCAGCAAGAUUUAUUUUCGAUAAUGGUUAGAUUCAGAACUCAUCAAUAUGCGCUAUCCGCUGACAUAACCAAAAUGUACAGACAAGUGGAAGUAUGCAAAGAAGAAAGGCCGUAUCAGAUGAUUGUAUGGAGAGAAAACGAAAAUCAACCGUUGAAGUACUACGAAUUAAACACACUUACUUAUGGAACAACUUGCGCCUCAUAUUUGGCAAUAAAGUGUUUACACGCAUUGGCUGAACAACAUAAAGAAAAAUAUCCAUUGGCAUUCAUAGCAGCAAAAAGAGAUUUCAAUGUUGAUGAUCUGAUGACUGGAAGUGAUCAAAUAGUAGAAGCUGUGGAGCUUCAGCGACAAAUGAUAGAAAUGUGUAACAAAGCAAAUUUUACGUUGCACAAAUGGUGUUCAAAUAGUCCUACGUUACUGGCAUCAAUUCCAAAAGAUAAGCAAGAAGUUAGUUUGGAUAUUAAUGCAGAAAAGCAAGAAACAAAAGCUUUAGGCAUAAAAUGGGUACCGAAGGAUGACAUAUUUAAAAUAUCGUAUACACCGAAAGAAAAUACAAAAAUUACUAAAAGAACAAUUUUAUCGGAAAGUGCGCAACUUUUUGAUCCUCUUGGAAUGGUAAAUCCAGUCAUCUUAAUGGCAAAAGUGUUUAUGCAACAUCUAUGCAUAAUCCAUAUGGAUUGGGAUACGGAAUUAAUUGAAGAGUUGCAAGACAAAUGGAAAAAAUUCAGAAAAGAAUUAUUAAAAUUGAAUGAAUUAUCCUUUCCAAGAAAAGUAAUAAUUCAAAACGCAAUAGACAUUCAGCUGCAUGGAUUCUCCGAUGCAUCGGAAAUGGCAUAUGGCACUUGCUUCUAUUUGAGAUCAAUUGAUGGUAAUGGCAGCAUUCAAAGCUCCUUAAUCUGCUCAAAAUCAAGGGUAGCACCUAUCAAUACCACAACACUACCAAGAUUGGAGCUUUGUGCAGCUGUAACAAUGGUUGAACUGGGGGAAAAAUUAAAGCAAGCCUUAAACAUCAAUAUUAGCAAAGCAUUUUAUUGGACGGAUUCAGAAAUAGUGCUUUCAUGGGUGAAGGGAGACAAAAACUACAAAACGUUUGUAGCCAAUAGAGUGGCAACCAUCAAACGAAAAACAAAUAUUGAUGAAUGGAAUUACAUAUAUACUAAAGAGAAUCCAGCUGACCUAAUUUCAAGAGGCUUACUACCAGAGGACCUAAAGAAAUCGAAAUUAUGGUGGCACGGUCCAGAAUUUUUAAUAAAACCAGAAAGUGAUUGGCCAGAGGCAAAACCAGCAUUUGUAAAUGAUCCAAGUGAAGAAAAGAAAGUAAAAACAGUGCUUACAGUGAAUUCGUCGGAGCACUUCAUUGACAGAAUCAAUCACAAAAAUUCAUUUGAAACAUUAAAAAAUGUAGUGGCCUACAUGUUGAGAGUGAAGGAUAAAACAAGCAAUUCAAGUGAAAUAUCAGCCAUUGAACAAAAAAGAGCUAUUAAGGUUAUUUUGCAAUACGUACAACAGGAAUUUCAUGUGGAAAUGAAAAUGAUUAAAAAAGGCAUUGGUAGCAAAUCAAAAUUUGGACAAUUGACACCAUUCAUUGACGAAGAUGGAAUAAUAAGAGUUGGUGGACGAUUAAUAAAAGCAAAAAUUAGUUAUGAGCAAAAGCAUCCCGCAAUAUUACCGAAAAAUCACUUCGUAACGCGAUUGAUUAUGGAGGACAUUCAUAAAAGGAAUCAUCAUGCAGGAGCACAAGCAUUGUUGUCAUUUACCAGGCAGUAUUAUUGGCCUGAAUCAGGAAAAAGAUUGGCAACAAGGAUAGUUAAAGAGUGCGUAUUAUGCACGAGGUCGAAACCCAUGUUAAUGCAGCAAAUUAUGGGGAAUCUACCAGCAGAGCGAGUUAAUAUAGCAAGAGCAUUUGUGCACACAAGUUUGGAUUUCAUGGGACCAUUUGACAUACACAGCAUGCCACGAGGCAAGCGAAUAACUAAAGGAUACGUUUGCAUAUUCGUUUGUCUAACAACAAAGGCGGUGCACAUGGAAGCAGCUCCAGAUUUAAGCAUUGACGGCUUUAUUGGAUGUCUAAAACGAUUCAUUGCCCGUAGAGGAUUGGUAAAGAAAUUAAUAUGCGACAAUGGUACUAACUUCAGAGGAGCACAUAAUAAAUUGGAAGAGUUGUAUGAAAUCAUAACCAGUGAAAAGGGGAAGAGAAAAAUCAGGAAAUAUUGUGUGGAACGAGAUAUAGAUUGGUUCUUUACUCCAGCAAGAAGUCCGCAUUUCAACGGUUUAAGUGAGGCCGCAGUAAAGUCAGCAAAACUUCACUUAACAAAAAUUCUACAUUCAGUCCAAAUAACAAUUAUCGAGCUUGGAACAAUAUCAGCAGAAAUAGAAGCAAUCUUAAAUUCUAGACCACUAACAGCAAUGUCUAACGAUCCAAAUGACAUCCAGCCGUUAACACCUGGACACUUUUUAAUAGGAGCACCACUCAACACAAUUGAUGACAGAUUAUUACCUUACAGUUCGAAAGCAAAAUUAUGGCACAAAUUGGUAGCGAUGAGGAAUCAAUUUUGGGACAGAUGGUCAAGCGAGUACUUAUCAGAACUGCAAGGAAAAACAAAAUGGAAAUCUGAAAAAGAAAACAUAAAAGUGGGCGACAUGGUAGUCAUAAAAAAGGAUCAUGUAAAACCGUUAAAAUGGAAAAUAGGCAGAAUCGUUGAAAUAACAACAGACGAGCAUGGAAAAGUACGAGUUGCAAAAAUAAAAGUUGCAAAAGCGGACGCAUCAAAUGCAAUCAACUAUAAAACGAAAAAAGUGGAUACAAGCAAAAUUCAAUUGAAAACUCGUGUGAUCACUAGAUCAAUUCAUCAAAUUUGCCCAUUACCAGGAACUGCAAAUGAUGACGGCAUAAAUAUUGAGAACAAUUUUUCGAACAAUGAACCAACAUCUAAAAAAUCAGCAGUCAAAAAAGCAAAUAAUGAAAAUUUGAAAGACAAAAAGAAAUUGAACCCUCAAGCAGAAGAAUUUCAACCUAUUGCUAGUCGAACUCGAGCAAAAGGAUUGAAAGGAAGUAUCCUGUUCCUAUGUGCAUUGUUUGCUCUAAUACUUGGAAUCAGUGCUAAAGAAUGCGACUACACACCAUUGAAGCAUAGCCCUGGACUAUUUUUCGAACAAAACGGAAAAAUGAGAUUAAGCACUGAUAAAUGGAUAAUAACGGGAUACAUUCGAAUGGAACCGUAUUGGAAACAAGAAGAGCAAAUUCAAUUUUUAAUACGAAAAUCGGAGGAAAUAUGCAAUCGAAUGGAAAGAGACAAAUAUUGCAACGCAACAAUUGACGUGCUGCAACAACAAUUUUCAUCAUUAAGCACAACUAACGAAAUAUUUAAGUCGUUUUCUCAAGCAAGCGUGUUGAGAAAACGGAGGGGAGUACUCGAUGAUAUCGGAGAUAAAUCGCCAAACGAAAAAUUGUUGUCUAGAAAGCGUAGAGGAUGGAUCAAUUUCAUUGGAACUGGUUUAAAAGUGGUAACCGGAGUAAUGGAUGACAAUGAUGCUCAGCAAAUAAGCAAGCAGAUCGAAGAAUUGAAAAAUGAUAACAAUUAUCUGGUUAAAGUAAUCGGAAAUCAAACAACAAUUCAAGAUCUAACGUUAAAUAUUAUUAAACAACAAGAAGAAGGAAUUAGACAGCAAAUAUUGUAUUUGAAAAACCAAAUCGAGCUAAUUCAUAACCAAACCGCUACAAACCACGGUACAACGUUUAAUAUGCUGGCAAUACAAAUAACAUCAUUGAUUCAAAACCAAUUAACGCAACAAAAUGCAAUACUUGAUUUGGUUACGCACGUCCAUCAUGGCAAAGUAUCACCGAUUGUCAUUAGCCCCGCUCAGCUUAAGCAACACCUAAUAGCAAUAUCCUCAAAUAUUACGAACGAUUUAAUGAUACCUGGUGACAACAUCCCGGAAAACGUGGCACACAUAUAUAAUUUGUUAGAAGCAAGAGUACGAGUAUCAACGAAUCAAAUAUUAUUGAGAAUUACCAUCCCAUUGAUAAGCAGAGAUAUGUUUACAUUGCACCAUAUAAUUCCUGUUCCAUUUCAACAUGACAACACAUUUCGAGCAAUAACAACGCCAUAUCAGUAUAUUGCAUUGAACAAACGACAAGACAGAUAUUAUAUGUUAACACCUCAACUAUAUGCACAAUGCUUGCAGUUCGAUGGAAACGUAAUUAUUUGUAAACAAAAAUAUCCAGUCUAUACUGUACAACAGGACGAGGCAUUAUGUGAAAUGGCAAUUCUUACUCAUGCAUCAAAAGAAAUACCGCCUCGAUGUCAUACAACUAUAAUGAAGAAAAAUCAAGCGUGGUCUAAAUUAAUAACGCCUAAUAGUUUUAUAUUUUCAGUACAAAACAAAAGCAUAUUAAAUAUGAUAUGCAAAGACAGCAUAACAUCAUGCACUGUGCAAGGUUCUGGCAUAAUUGCUAUUUCUCGGCAAUGCAUGAUACAAACAGAGAACCUUGAAUUUGCCUCCGAAAAUAUUUAUGAUGAAGACCAGCCAAUCAUUAUAACUCCAGCAUUGAAUGCUACUACAGAUAUUGACAUGGAUAUUGAUCAAUUGAUUCAACAACCCAUGGAGAGUUUUCCAACGUAUAACAUAUCUAAUGAAUUGAAUAAUUUGCAAGCAGCAGUUUCAGAUCAAAGAAAAAUUCUUCAACACCCAGCGGUUAAUACUCAUCACAUACACCACUAUACAUUGGUGUAUAUUAUCAUAUUCGUGUUAAUAACUGCAGCAAUUUGUAUUUUCAUUAAAGAGCAUUCAAAGCGGAAGAAAUUCAUAAUAAACAACGAUGAAAAGAAAAUAAGUCAAGGUGAUGUGCAAUUGGAGCAACCUAGCACUGAAUUACGAUUCGCAUAAUGAAACUAUUAUAUAUGGCAGUUUGUAAUUUUUGUUUACUAAAAUUAAGGAGUAUUUUUUUAUAUACUUACGUUUAUGACUAAUUGAUGAAAUUCUUUUUAUACUUACAAUAAUGAUAAAACUUUUUAGUUCAAUCAUGCUUACUCGUACAUACUUACUUAAACUUUUGUUUCCGUUUGCAUCGUGUUACAGUUACAUAAGAGAAAAAUGCACAGUUUCAAUUUCUCAACAAAAUAAUAUUUAUUCAGAAAAGAUCGAGUACAAAAUCGUAUUCUAUUUCGAGAAUACGAAGAACGCUUAAGACGCGAUGAACAUCUAUCGGUGGUGUAACAAAUGGAACCGCUGCAGCUCGUAACGGAUGUGGUGCACGCACGACGAAUCCUCGAGAAACUCUGUUAUCAAGGGUCCACACAGCAUGCGGCCACCAUGUUCCUGCACGAACAACGAGCUCGAUUGAUAAUGACCGGUGCAAUACACUGCAUAACGCUCUAUUUUGAUGGGCAACAGCAACAUCAGCAGUCGAAAUAUUUGUAAUCGGCUCACCUCGGCCAUUAACGCAAACACCAGGCAGCAUUAUCGGUGAAGCACGACCAGUAGAACUCGGCAUUGUCACAUUUGGAACACCAACUGUUCCUGUAGGUGGUGCAUUUGAGUUUAUCACACCAGAUGGUCCAGCCGCAUUUUGUCUUUCGAAGGAUGAGUGCGGGACUACUCGAAUGUUAGUAGUAGCAACAGUCGGUCCUGAUUGUGGAAAAACAGUACUUUGACCGGAUGCGGGCAAAACCGGUGCUUCAGGCAAUAAUAUUGGUACCGAAGAGGUCGUAGUAUAAGUUGAUGUUGGAUCACUUGAAGAAUUUGGACCACUUGAAGAAACUGGACCAUUUGAAGAAAUUGGAUCACUAUUGAUGAACCCAAGCAAUGGUGGCGAAUGGUUAUCAAAAGUGUCUCCAAAACCAGUUGACAAAUCCAGAGGUUCGUCAGGCGUUUUCACUUUCCAAAUCACAGUUUCUGUUGACGCAGUUGAACGUGGAUGUGGAGUUUGGGCGCGUUUUAAGGUAAUUGAUAAGCGUUUCAUCGUAACGGUGGGAACGUUAGAAGUUAACUGUGUAAUUUUCUACUCAAAACAUGUAUUUAUGGCCAAAAUUAGGCAGACCUUGCAUUUUCUUUUUAAGUAAAGCUUGGGAAACAAAUGUUUUUGUAGUGAUUUACAUAUAACAUGAGGAAUUUGAUUAUUUAAGAUUAUUUGAUACCGUAAUUCUAAGAAAUAAUUUAGUAGAACUCAGGAGUUCUACGGCUGGGAGUAUGUUAAUGCUUGUGUAGAAUAAUUCUAUAUAAGCAUUGAUAUAUUACGGUCAUAUGAACUUGAGUACAUAGCAGCAUAACUAUUCGAUCGUAUAGUGCACUUAAUGAUGCGCAGGUAUAGUGCGCAUGUAUAUCAAUGGUAUGCAAAUAAUAUGCAAUACGCUAUUGAUGCGCAAGUAUAGUGCGCAUAUAUAGCAGUGAUAUACAAGUUAAUGCUUGUGUAGAAUAAUUCUAUAUAAGCAUUGAUAUAUUACGGUCAUAUGAACUUGAGUACAUAGCAGCAUAACUAUUCGAUCGUAUAGUGCACUUAAUGAUGCGCAGGUAUAGUGCGCAUGUAUAUCAAUGGUAUGCAAAUAAUAUGCAAUACGCUAUUGAUGCGCAAGUAUAGUGCGCAUAUAUAGCAGUGAUAUACAAGUAACAUGGAGUGUGCUGUAUGAUAUAUGUUUUGUUGUUGUGUAUCAUAAUAAUUAAGAAUGAACAUAAUUGUUAUGGUAUGAUUCAUCUUGAUGCACAUGCAGGAUGCGCAUGUCAAUCAUUCUAGAAGUUAAUGACUUACGUAGGAUUAAGUUGAACCAUUAGAGUCAAUGUACUAAUGAAUCAAUUACGUAGGUUGAUUCAUUAACACCUCUUUGUUUAGAUUAAGUUCUUUGUUAGAAUUUAGUAUAAAUACUGUAACAAUUGAUUGAAUAAAUCAGAGUUUAAUUCUCCUUUGAGAAGAGAACAACUUAAGUUUUACUUAUACCGAUAACGAACACGUAUUAUAGUAGUUUACUAAACACCCCCCUUCAAGAUCCUUUGGGCAGUGAGACAAAUUCAAGAUCCGAGUCAUAGAUUCAACCGUUUAC